GCAGACCAUUUUACUAUUAAAGAGAGGUCCCUCUCUUGCCUAAGAUGGUCGGGAUUGGCUCAAGGUCUCACCGUUGUUGCUCAAGUUCAGCGGACUAUAUUCAUAUUGGAUGGCCAUCUCUUAAGCUCAUGAUAUUUGAUAUGAGAGGAAGUGAGUCACCAACCGUGGUUAUAUGCCAGCAAACAUUGAUGGAUUAUUGGCUAGACGCUGACAUCUCAUCUGCGACUGCGAGCGCAAGCAAUGACGACGACACACAGAUGACACCUCCUCCACCUGGGUUUGCCACCACGCCAUUACAGUAGCAAACGAAUAAGUAGUAGAUACUACACCGAACAUGAUCAGGCGCACACAGAAAUCAUCCCAAAGCUAGGCUAAGAACACAGCAAUAAUGGCGCCGAUGAAGGUCUACGGGUGGGCCGUGUCGCCGUGGAUGGCGAGCGCGCUGGUGUGCCUGGAGGAGGCCGGCGCCGAGUACGAGAUCGUCCCCAUGAGCAGGUGCGGCGGCGACCACCGCCGCCCCGACCACCUCGCCAGAAACCCGUUCGGUGAAAUCCCAGUUCUGGAGGACGGUGAUCUAACGCUCUACCAAUCACGCGCCAUCGCGAGGUACGUCCUCCGCAAGUACAGGCCCGAGCUUCUCAAGGAAGGGGACCUGGAGGGAUCAGCGAUGGUGGACGUAUGGAUGGAGGUGGAGGCCCACCACGUGGAGCCGACCCUGUGGCCCAUCAUCCGGCACUGCAUCAUCGGCCCGUACGUCGGCCGCGAGCGCGACCAGGCCGCCGUCGACGAGAGCCUCGCCAAGCUGAGGGCGCUGCUCCCGGCGUACGAGGCGCGCCUGUCGGCGUGCUGGUACCUCGCCGGCGACGACGUCACCGCCGCGGACCUCUGCCACUUCGGCUUCAUGCGCUACUUCAUGGAAACCGAGUACGCCGCCAUCGUGGACGCGUACCCGCACGUCAAGGCGUGGUGGCACGCGCUGCUGGCGAGGCCGUCGGUCAAGAAGGUCAUCGCCGGCAUGCCGCCGGACUUCGGCUACGCCAGCGGCAACAUACCGUAGUAUAUGAGUAUAUCUACGCCAUGUUUUACAUUUCACAAAUAAAUCGUCAGAUAUUUGGUGUUAUUGGCAAAUGCGAAGUCCGCUCCGGUUGCGAUGAAGAUGAGCAGAGCUUGCAAA